GCGCUGAUGACCUCAGGUCGUCCAACUAGUUCCUUUGCGAUAACAAAAACGCCUAGCCGACCGUGAACAAUGCCCCCGAAAAAGAAGCCCAAGCUUUCAGCUUCUCAAGUCGAAAGUGCGCCGCCUUCUGCAACCACGCCAGCAUCCAGUGAAAGCACUGCUAGACCUGAUGCAGACUACGAUCUUGUUACGGACCCUUGGACCGAUGAGCAGGAGACAGCCCUCCUGAAAGGGAUUAUCAAAUGGAAGCCUGUUGGCAUGCAUAAACACUUUCGAAUGAUCGCUAUCUCAGAGUUUAUGAAGAGCCAAGGCUAUGCGCCAUCCCACGCCGAACACACACGAAUCCCUGGCAUUUGGAAAAAGCUCGGAACACUCUACAAUCUUCCGGCACUUGAUGAACGGGAAGACUCAUUAAUAACUGACGCAUCUGACGAUGUCGAGGGAUCGAGGGAGGCAUACUGUCCUUUCGAGCUCCCACUAGACGAGUAUGGUGACAUGAUGUUCGAGAGAAGACUCGCAAUGGAGGGGUCAUCUUCACCCGUUUUCAGCGGUCAUGCAGACUCUAGGAGGGGUAGCACAGUGGCCGACACAGAUGAUGCACGAUCCUCUCCAGCCCCAUCUCGAGGACGAAAAUCCAAUCGCGGCCGACCACCGGGACGAGGUACACGGUCUACGCGUCUUCAGGUCGAAAUUGACUCUUCUCGGAAGAGCUCAGGCACAGGAGAGGAAUAUGAAGACUCGGAGGACACGGGUGGAAACGAAGAUGGCGAUGACGAUGGUUCAGACGCCGCGAAGGACGACAGUGACGUCGAUGACGAAGCCGAGGGGGGCUCCCCGACAGCCAGAAGCACACGAGCGCAAACAACGCGGACGAAACAGAAAGAGAAAAAGGGCACGGGAACUAAUGGUAGAAGAACAGCUCGGCGACGUUAACGCUGCACUUCACGUCUUUCUAUUACCCUUUUAUUAUGACCCGCAAUCUUUGAUACCUUGUAAACUACGAGCAGGCGUUUGGGGGAGUUGUAUGAUUAUCCUGUUUCUACUAUUUGUGUAUUUAGCAGUUUCCUCUCCGUCUGAUGGAGAAAACCCAUUUGAUAGGAUUAUCCGGAGAGGCCCGACUAGAUAUGAAUCCAAUUUUACCAUAUAUAAAAGCGUUGUCC